AUUGACGCAUACAGUUAUUCUCAGCAACGAGUGAGACCAAAAAAAAAGUUGGCGCUUCCAAAAUUGCUUUUUUUUUCUGGGAGUCACUCGUGUUUCUAACCGCUAAAUGAGUCAACUGACCGAAGAGAACAUUGCUGAAUUUCAUCGUCUGGGAUACACUAUUCUUCGAAAUGCUUUGACGCCAGAGGAACUACACGCAUUACAUGAAGAAGCCGACAUGCUGAUGAACUACCUAAUGUCGGAAGAUAUCGAUAUUGUUCGCGAUUUGGGAUGUAUCAUAGAGCCGUUGACCUGUGGGUAUCUUGAUCCGCCAAGGUCGCGUGAUUACACAUACAAAACAGACGCUUACAUGGAACGACGCAACAGUAUAUUGGAUCAGAGCAUGGCCAGUCAAGUAACUCUCUGCAGUAUAGCUCGAUCAGCUUCCAAGUUGCUUGGCAGUAGUUGUGUGUACUUGCUCAAUGAACAAUAUAUUGUCAAACCUCCGGCUACAGCCUCCAAGUCACAAUUUGCAUGGCAUAGAGAUUCAGAUUAUUACGCAGACGCAGCGCUACAAGAUGAGCCAACCGUGGCGUGUUGGACGACACUUGAUCCAGUCGAUGCAGAUAAUGGCUCUAUUGCGUUGAGUGCCUUUGGAUCAACGGGACCAUCAAUAACACAAGUGGUCGAGGCGCCCGCAGGCAGUAUCGUAUUCAUGUCCAACAAGUUAUUCCAUAAGAGUACCGGGAAUGCGACUUCCAAAUUUCGCCGUGUUUUUAUGCCACAAUACUCUGCUCGUCCUCUUCUAGAAACAAAUACUUCUCGCUGUGUCGCACUUGCCGUUCCUUGCGAAAUUUAGAAAGCCAACCAUGUUCUUUUUCCAGUUUUUCCCCCACUGUUACUGCUAGUGCAACUGUACUAUUUUUCUUUGUAUUCCAGCUAUUACAGAGUACUAUACAAACGGUACACGCAUAUGGUUCGAUUCUCGGGAUGAUCCAUAGCGAAGUAGAUCGUUGAAUCCUGUGCGGCAUUGCAAAGGUAG